CGGUGUCGUGCGGGCUAGAGGCGUGUCCCGCUGGGGCCGCCGUACUAUCGAUGUGGCCUCGGAAGGAGCGGCUCCACGUCAGCCAUCGCCGGAGCGGGAGCGCCGCGGGCACAGCUCCGCACCGGGCCCGACUCGACUGGGCCGGGCCGCCACGCCUCCGGGUUGUCUGAUAUUUGUGUCAAAAUAAUUCUUCCAUUGAGAAAACUUCUGUAACCAAGAACCAUGACUGCUGCAGAGAAUGUGUGUUACACGUUAAUCAACGUUCCCAUGGAUUCAGAGCCACCUUCUGAAAUCAGCUUAAAGAAUGACCUAGAAAAAGGAGAUGUCAAGUUGAAGACGGAGGCCUUAAAGAAAGUAAUCAUUAUGAUUUUGAAUGGUGAAAAACUCCCUGGGCUUCUGAUGACCAUCAUACGUUUUGUACUGCCUCUCCAAGAUCAUACCAUCAAAAAACUGCUGCUUGUCUUUUGGGAGAUAGUGCCAAAGACCACUCCAGAUGGCAGGCUUUUGCAGGAAAUGAUCCUUGUGUGUGAUGCAUACAGAAAGGAUCUUCAGCACCCAAAUGAAUUUAUCCGAGGCUCUACUCUCCGUUUCCUUUGUAAGCUGAAAGAAGCAGAACUAUUGGAGCCUUUGAUGCCCGCCAUUCGUGCGUGUCUAGAACACCGCCACAGCUACGUGCGCAGAAAUGCAGUUCUUGCUAUUUACACAAUUUAUAGAAAUUUUGAACAUCUUAUACCAGAUGCUCCUGAAUUGAUUCAUGAUUUCUUGGUGAAUGAGAAAGAUGCAAGCUGCAAAAGAAAUGCAUUUAUGAUGCUAAUUCAUGCAGAUCAGGAUCGAGCCCUGGAUUAUUUGAGUACCUGUAUCGACCAAGUCCAGACAUUUGGUGACAUACUGCAGUUGGUUAUUGUUGAACUAAUUUAUAAGGUCUGUCAUGCGAAUCCAUCAGAGAGAGCUCGGUUUAUUCGCUGCAUCUACAACUUGCUGCAGUCAUCGAGUCCUGCAGUGAAGUAUGAAGCUGCAGGUACUCUUGUUACGCUCUCCAGUGCACCAACAGCAAUCAAGGCAGCUGCCCAGUGCUACAUAGAUUUGAUUAUUAAAGAAAGUGAUAAUAAUGUGAAACUAAUUGUUUUGGAUCGGUUGAUUGAAUUAAAGGAGCAUCCCUCACAUGAACGAGUGUUACAGGAUCUAGUUAUGGACAUCCUCAGAGUGUUGAGUACCCCAGAUCUAGAGGUGCGCAAAAAAACCCUUCAACUGGCUCUGGACCUUGUCUCUUCAAGAAAUGUGGAGGAGCUUGUGAUUGUUCUGAAGAAGGAAGUGAUUAAAACUAAUAAUGUGACAGAGCAUGAAGAUACAGACAAGUACAGGCAGCUGCUUGUUCGUACACUGCAUUCCUGUAGCGUUCGAUUUCCAGAUAUGGCUGCAAAUGUUAUUCCAGUGCUGAUGGAGUUCCUUAGUGAUAACAGUGAAGCAGCAGCUGCUGAUGUCUUGGAGUUUGUGCGGGAAGCGAUCCAGCGAUUUGAUAACCUCAGACCUCUUAUUGUUGAGAAGAUGCUUGAAGUCUUUCAUGCUAUUAAAUCUGUCAAGAUUUAUCGAGGAGCUCUGUGGAUCCUUGGAGAAUAUUGCAGCACAAAGGAAGAUAUACAAAGUGUAAUGACAGAAGUUCGCAGAUCACUUGGAGAGAUCCCAAUUGUAGAAUCUGAAAUCAAGAAAGAAACUGGUGAGCUAAAACCUGAAGAAGAGGUGUCUGUGGGUCCAGCCCAAAAACUGGUGACGGAGAUGGGCACUUACGCAACACAGAGUGCUCUCAGUAGUUCUCGACCUGCCAAAAAGGAAGAAGACAGACCUCCAUUACGAGGAUUCCUGCUCGAUGGUGAUUUCUUUGUUGCAGCUUCUCUUGCUACAACUUUAACUAAGAUUGCUUUACGAUAUGUAUCGCUAGUUCAGGAAAAGAAGAAACAAAAUUCCUUUAUUGCUGAAGCUAUGCUGCUGAUGGCCACUAUUCUCCAUUUGGGAAAGUCUUCUCUUCCCAAGAAGCCAAUUACAGAUGAUGAUGUGGAUCGUAUUUCCCUGUGUCUGAAAGUUUUGUCGGAAUGUUCUCCUCUCAUGAAUGAUAUUUUCAACAAAGAAUGCAGGCAGUCCCUCUCUCAUAUGCUGUCAGCCAAGCUAGAAGAGGAGAAACUUUCUCAGAAGAAAGAAUCUGAGAAGAGGAAUGUGACAGUUCAGCCAGAUGAUCCCAUUUCCUUCAUGCAGCUUACUGCUAAAAAUGAAAUGAGCUCAAAGGAAGACCAGUUUCAGCUUAGCCUUCUUGCAGCAAUGGGAAACACACAGAGGAAAGAGGCCGCUGAUCCUCUUGCAUCCAAACUUAAUAAGGUUACUCAACUGACAGGUUUCUCGGAUCCUGUCUAUGCAGAAGCAUAUGUCCACGUCAAUCAGUAUGACAUUGUGCUGGAUGUGCUUGUGGUCAACCAGACCAGUGACACUCUGCAGAACUGCACACUAGAACUAGCCACGCUAGGUGACUUGAAACUUGUGGAAAAACCAUCUCCUCUGACACUUGCUCCACAUGAUUUUGCAAACAUUAAAGCUAAUGUCAAAGUGGCUUCAACAGAAAAUGGAAUAAUUUUUGGUAAUGUUGUGUAUGAUGUCUCUGGAGCAGCCAGCGACAGGAACUGUGUGGUUCUCAGUGAUAUUCACAUUGACAUCAUGGAUUACAUCCAGCCUGCUUCUUGUACGGAUGCGGAAUUCAGACAAAUGUGGGCUGAAUUUGAGUGGGAAAAUAAAGUUACAGUGAAUACAAAUAUUAUUGAUCUAAAUGAAUACUUACAACACAUACUGAAAUCAACCAAUAUGAAAUGCUUGACUCCAGAGAAGGCGCUUUCUGGUUAUUGUGGCUUCAUGGCGGCCAACCUUUAUGCACGUUCCAUAUUUGGAGAAGAUGCACUUGCAAAUGUCAGCAUUGAAAAGCCAAUUCAUCUUGGACCAGAAGCGCCUGUCACUGGUCACAUACGAAUCCGUGCAAAGAGUCAGGGAAUGGCCCUGAGUCUUGGUGAUAAGAUCAAUCUGUCUCAGAAGAAAACAAGUUUAUAAAUUUUACCUUAUGUCUUUUUGGGUCUUUUACAAUUUAACCUUAGGUAUGUGGCUUUUGGGAUCCAGAACAUCUUAUAUACUUCAGUGUUCUGUAACUGUAGAAGCCAGGCUUUUGAGCUGAAAGCAUUCCAGCAGAUAAUUUAUAGUUCUCCAUGAUUGAUACUGAGCAAAAUUUUAAAUCUCAAGGUUUUUUUCUUUGUCCUGGAAGUCAUGUUUUUUUGUCUCUAAUAUAUACUGAUGCUUACAGUACAAUAAACAAAUUAUGCCAGUAGUGUUUUGUCUGUAAAUUAUCUAAUAUCUGUAUUAUUUGAUCAGUAUUGAGUAUCUGGCCAGGGAUAUUUUGUUACUCUUAAGAACACGGGAGUGUGUAAUAGCUUAAGUGUUUAUAAUAAUGACUAGGCCUGAAUUUGUGUGAACAUGUGAUUAUGACACUUAAAAUACUCUGGUAUACCUCGGAGAAUAUAUAUUUGGCAACUAAAUCAAAGGCUGUAUGUUCUGUAUGGUUUGUUUAGUAAUGUAAUCACUUCAUUCAGACAAGCUUGUAAUAUCAGAAGAGAUUGUCAAAAUUCAGCUCUUUCCAGCAAGUAGUAGAACCUUAAGCCUUGUUUCUGAAAUGCUUUCCUAACAAUGUUGUUGUGAGUAACGUAACAUUGCUGGUGGUAUUCUUGUCUUGUAGUUAAUACAGAAAAGAUAGCCAAGGGCAAUAUUAAAACUGUAGCAUCAUAAGAAGUAUUUUCAGUGAAUGCAGCCAUUAGCCACAUGUAAGCUCAGGAAGGAAGGAUUCGUACUGUUUAUGGUCUUCCAGUGAAUUGAACCAGGUGGAGGAAUUCUGGAAAAGGAAGAAUUGUGAUCGAAGGUCAGGUCAGGAUGUGGGAGUGAGUUAACACCAUUUGGUUACUAAAUGUUAUGCAAAUUAGCAGUAGAUUAAAACAUAUAACCGUUAGAUUGAAAAUACUUGUAGCUGAAUCUGUUAAGCAUUAAUUCUAAAUUUGUUACAUUUUUGCAAGCAAUUAAUUCUACAGAAGAAUCUCCAGAGCCAAUGAUACUCUUCCAGUUGGCAGAAAGUCCUGCCGCUGAAGUUGAAGAGCUGUUUACUGCUCCAGUAGGACAGAAGAGAACCGAGUUGGUAUCCUAAGUAGCUGAUUCCCAAAACGUUUAAGGACUCAGUGAUGAAAAUACCUAUUUUCCACUCUGAAUAAGCACAGGCAGGAGAAGACAUGUAAAUUCUGAGAUGGAAGAGUCUAGGCUGCUGUAUUUUAUCUGCUAAAGGACAGUCCUAGAAGAACAAUGCAAAAGCUGGGCUAAUAAGUGACAUUCAUGUAAAUAUUUCAUUACCUGUUCCUUCCAAUACUACUUUUUUGCCAGCUGGAUUUUGUCUGUUCUUAUAAGCAUUAAGUUCACUUAUCGUUCCAAUUCUGUUCUUAAGGUUAGGUGCUAGAAGGCAAUAUGUUGUCCACAGUAAAAAAAAAAAAUGGGGCAGAUCUGUCAACAGCUAAAACUUUGCACAGAUGCAGCUGUACAGUUCUGAAUUUUUAGUACAUAAAAUCUUUAAAUGAAUAAAAGUCUGCUGGCAGUAGUUAUUUUAAGCCAUUAGCCAAGUGUGGGAGGAAUUUUAUUCUACAACCCCUUUAAGCCAAAGCAAGAGAAAAGAAAAUCUUAAGAUUCCAGUGAAUGGUUUCAUCUCUUCACAAAGGCAUUGCUAACAAAGAUUGAGUCAUACCUGCAUGUAUACUGACUGGUGUGAAUGAGAUGGGUUUGCUGACUACAACCAAGGAAAGGAUGUUUGUGGCGAAGGGGAAUAACUUCCAGUAUCUGUUAUCUAAGCCCUGUUUCAGUCACAAUCUGCUAUCCUUGUUGAAGAACAGAAAAAGCAUCUUGGCAUGUGCAGAUACCCACGUUUCAUGUGACUCUAGUCAGCUGGGAGGGGUGCAUAAUUUAACUUUGUUUACGAUGUCUUUUGCUAUCAGAACUUUAUGUGAAGGCAUGAAAACACCUGUUCACCAGAUGCUGCCAUGACUUUAGGAUUAAUUUUCCACCUGUCAUGCUUUUCAAUAGCUCUUCUGCAUAAUUGGUCUUGUACAGACAUUUUCAGUGAUGGUGUGCAUUUUCUCAGUAACAAAGAUGCGUGUUUCAUGUCCGUACUUCAGAGAUAAAAUUCUAUCCUUUUAUGUA